AUAUAAGCAAACGCAAAGAGACAAGUUGUUAUUCAAGGAGUCCAUCAUUGCGUGAAACGUACUCGUGUCUACAUUAUGUAAAACGUGAUUAAAGUUUAAAAAUGGCACCAAAAGACGCAGAUUAUUUAGAAAUCGCUCAUCAAAGAGCUAUUGAAAAGAAAACUCACGUCAGCUUUCCGCAACUAAAGUACCCAUCAUUGAGAGACGAGGGUUUCAGAGACUAUAAACAAUGGCUGCUGGGAAAAUCUAUGGACGACGGCGCAGAAGGUUUGUGGAGGGUGCACGAUAGCUUGUACGAUUUAGGACAGUUUGUCGAGUCACAUCCAGGAGGAGGUGAAUGGUUGGAACUUACUAAGGGUACAGAUAUAACUGAGGCGUUCGAAUGUCACCACAUCGCACCCAUCGCAGAAAAACUGUUACCACGAUUUUAUGUUCGUGAUGCCAAAACUCCAAGAAAUUCUCCAUUCACUUUCAAAGAAGAUGGUUUCUAUCGCACUUUAAAGAAUCUAGUGAGUGAAGAAAUCAAGAAAGUACCAAAAGAUAAACUGAAAUGUACAAAUAUGAUAACAGAUGGACUGUUUGUGGCAUUACUUAUAUCAUCGGCGUUGUCAUGUUCGACUACCAAUUAUUGGCUUGUAAUGGGAUUCUCUAUUGUGGCAUCUGUUUCACUAGCCUGGCUUGUGGUUGCCGCCCACAACUAUAUACAUAGGAAAGCAAGUUGGAGGAUGUAUUAUUUUAAUUUAAGCCUAUGGUCUUACAGGGAGUUUAGAGUAACUCAUGCACUUUCACAUCAUUUAUACCCAAAUACUUUGAUGGAUAUUGAAGUGAGCGGAUUUGAACCGUUAAUUUUUUGGAAUCCCAGAAAAAACAUGCCAUUUUAUGCUAAUCUUGCUAUUUUAUUGGAAUUUAUUAUUUUUCCAUUCUUAUUUAUUACAAAUUGGAUAAGAAGAAUGUUGGUUGCUUUAUUACGUGAUGGUUUAUUUACAAAACAUAAUGGUAUUUACUGGCAUGACUUAAUUGGUUUCUCGCUUCCGUUGUGGAUGUAUUUUGCCAGUAAUGCCAACUUCUAUGAUGUGAUCACGAUAUGGCUGGGAAUAUUGUGCGGAGGGAGUUUCGUCUUCUUUGUUAUAGGAGCCAAUGCUGCUCAUCAUCAUCCGAAAAUAUUUAAGGAUGGUGAUCAAGUCAGUGAUGUAACACUUGAUUGGGGCAUGCACGAGCUAGAGGCAGUAAUGGACAGACCGAACAUAAACGAUAGCCAUUUCAAAGUGAUGACCUUCUUUGGUCACCACUCUUUACAUCAUUUAUUCCCCACCUUGGACCACGCCUUAUUGGAAUACUUAUAUCCAGUAUUUCUUAAGCAAUGCGAAAAAUACAAAGCAAACUUUAGACAAAUGUCACAAUUGGAACUUUUUAUUGGUCAGUUAAAAAUGACACUUAAAACCGAACCUUCCCUUUUGUCUGAAAGAUGCUUGUAAGAUGAUAUUUCAAUAUAAAUGUUUUUAUUGAAUAAGUUGUAAUUUAUGUUAUUUAAGCACUUUGUAUUGAAUAUCCAUCAUUUUGUAAAUAAAACCGUGCCAGAUGGAUGUUCUAUGUUAAUAACAACAAUCUAUCCUUAAUUAAUGAAUUAUAUCUCUUUAAUGACGUAUAAAUGCCAUUAAUAUCAAUAGGUGUGAAGUCUUUUAAUCCACACUAGUUAACUUGGUGGUCUACGACUUUAAUCCUUCUCAUUCUGAUAAAGAGACCUGUAGUGGGCCAGUUAUUGAUAUUGAUGAUAUACUUACAAAAAAUAUUUAUCUAGAGCGAUUCAGAAUCAUUUCAGUGAACAGUUCGCCUGGAAGAAAUCGCAUUAUUUACCCUUUAAGAUAAUCUAACCCUAAACUUAUUAUCCCUGUAAAAUACAACCAAAUAAAAAUAGGUUUUUACUAAAGCGCUAUCUGUUGACAUAUUAUAUUUUGA